AUGGACUCUGCAUCUUUGGGGAACCUCAGAGAGACUUCUGCACAAAAGACUGUUUUGUACCAAGAGAUGCAGCAAUGCUUUACUCUCUUUGACACAGAAAUGUUUAUUUUAUUGGAUAUUAUCCAGUUACCCAACCCUUUCAGAUGUGGAGCAAACUCUGGAAGCCAGCCAGUGUUCUGCAAAUCCUGCCCUUGUGGAUAUAUAUUUAUAAGUCGGAAACUUCUACAUGCAAAACAGUCACAGAGAUUACCCCCUACAUCAGAAAAUGGAUCAGAUCCAAAAAGACAUCAAACUGAGCGGAUGAAAAGAGAGAGAAUACACACUGCAGUAAAUAGAGACUUGGAGAACAGGAAAAGAUCACGAUCCAACAGCCAGUCUGAUGCUUCCAGACGGGGAAGAGGCCGACCAAAAUCAGCAACAACCAAAAAGCAUGAAGAAGAGAAAGAAAAGCAAGAAAAAGAAGUUGAUAUGUAUGCCAACCUGUCAGAUGAAAAAUCAUUUGUGUUUUCAGUUGCUCUCGCUGAAAUUAACAGAAAAAUUAUCAACCAAAGGCUAAUACUCUGACCCGAUUCAACAGAACCAACCUCAAUGUUAUAUACAAAGUCAAGCCCAUCUGGCUGUAUCAGCACAGAUCAUGGACUCUGCAUCUUUGGGGAACCUCAGAGAGACUUCUGCACAAAAGACUGUUUUGUACCAAGAGAUGCAGCAAUGCUUUACUCUCUUUGACACAGAAAUGUUUAUUUUAUUGGAUAUUAUCCAGUUACCCAACCCUUUCAGAUGUGGAGCAAACUCUGGCAGCCAGCCAGUGUAGGUGUAUUUAAAUGCUUGAUAAAAUGUUAUAUAUAUUAUAUAUCUAUAAAUAUAUAGAUUUCAUUUUUGCUGUUAAAUUAAAAAUAUGUAUAGUUUAUAUAACCUUUAUAUAUUAAACAGUUGUUA